UGAAAGUUCGUCGCCCUGAACAACCAAGAUGGCGCUCUAAACAUCUUUACGAUCGUGCAUGUCGUCCGGUGAUGAGCUUCUAAAAAUGGACAAAUUUGUUUAGAACGACCACAAGCAGUAUUGUAGAAGAAAAUAUAUUGAGGUGUGCAAUCUGACAGGAUUUUCAUAAGUAGGCCUACAAGAUUUGAAAAGUCAGAAUGUCAACAGGGUUAAGCCCACGAGGCGGCAUUGAUGCCAAGAAUGAAUACUGUGACCAACCUAUCCUGGAUUACUCCUUCAAAGGGAUGCUAUUGACAGAUGAUGUCUUGGACGAAGAGCCGCGAGUUGCCAAGAACAGCAAAAGUCUGGAGAAGAAUGCAGAGGGAAAAGUCAACACACAGACGGUGAAGCUGAACAACAAUCAGUUGUCAGAGAUGGCAGGGUUGGAUGUCACAUUUGAAAAGAUCGUAGAGAGUCCUGAGGAAAUGACCUGGCUUGACCUCUCCUUCAAUGACUUCUCCAAGAUUGAUCCACUUCUCCUCCAAUACACAAAGCUGAAGGUUUUGUACCUCCACGGCAACAACAUCAGCAACCUGAGUGAAGUAGACAAACUUGCCGGCCUCCCUAACCUGAUAGCCCUGACGCUGCAUGGCAAUCCCUUAGAGGACCAAAAGGGGUACCGGCAGAGCCUGGUGGCCAAGCUACCACAACUCAAGAAAAUUGACUUCAGUAGCAUCACCAAAUCGGACCGGCAGAACGCUGUGACGUGGGAGCGGGUCUAUGGCAAGCGCAAGCCGCCCAAGAAGCCCAAAGAUGACGAGUAAAAACACCCUGGAGUAAAAAACGCCUCACCCACAGAUUCUGUCUCAGAAUAAUAAUGCAUUUGGUAUUAACACUUCAAGCAACCACAGAUUCUGCUUGUGGUUUUCAGAAAGGCACCCUGCAGUGCUUGCUCUCUGAUUCAAGAAAUUUACAAAAGACCAAGUUUAAUUUUCACAAUGAAAUAGAAGUACAAUUGCAUUGGUUUCAGUUUAAUCAGAUAACUUAAACUGUACAGAAUCUAUGGGUGAGGUGUUAUAGCACACAUAUUGACUGCUCUCAUCGGUGGUAUAGUAAAACUAUUUGUGAGGUGAUCUGUGUUGCAUGCUAUAUUCCCUUAGCUUUGCAUUAACAAAAAUAGAAUAUUGCACUUAUCUUCCUGUGGGCUAAUUUGAUUAUACCACUUGAAGUAGUUAAUACUUGUGUGGCAUUUGAGUAGGUAAAGAUCAAAUAGUAAAAAAAAAAAUCCACACUAUUUUUCCUGUGAAUAGAACAAUACAUGUUUGACAAUGGCCUGUCACACAAGAAUUGCUUGCUAAUUAUCCCAUUACAUUGUAUGCAGGCGUGAUUGUUAGUCUUCCCAAAUUUUGAACAUAAGGAGCAAAAAAGGCAUUUUCUGCAUUUUUAAUUUUUAAACGUAGUUGUGGGGCUAAGUUUGCCACCAUUUGCAUAUUUUUCUUGAAUAAUGCUGCUGCUGAAACAUGACCUCUUAUAAUGGAAGGCACUCAUCCAAAAACAAACAGCAAUAUACAUCAAACCAGUAUUAAUAAACUGUUGACAUAUCUUGCAGCAUAUUUUGCCUUCCAAAUAAAUACAUUUAAGCUACCCACCUAUAAACCUCAUAAGCUGGUAUAAGGGAAGAUUUUUUUUGUAGGUUUUGCAGAUAACAAUUAUUUUAUGUAUGAUUUGAUGAACUUUUGCCAUCUUUGUUUGCCAUUCAAAGAGACAUCAGUAAUUAAUUUGCUCACUGAAGUUUACUUGCUUUUAGAAACCGAUAGAAUUUAAGUCAUUACGAAUGUCCAAGCAGCUUUAGUGUGAAAUUAAUCUAAUGAAUUUCAUGAAAUGUAAUUAAACCACUACAUACUUAAUUCUGAAUUUCCUUACCUAACGUGAAUUGUUUUUUUUCAAAUGGGAGGGACAGGUAGUGUCGAAGGUGCCUGGGGCUCAGAUAUAAAUUAACACGAGAUGUUAUUGCAAUAGGUGCAAGUACCCCCUCAACGGUUACACAGAGAGAGUUGGGCAGACUACUGGGAGGGACAUUGGAACGCAUUGCCAUUUGCCAAUGGUGCUUGACUCUAGUGCAAAUAUGCUAAGCGUUUGUGCACAUUCAGGAUAACAUAAGUGGAAAAUACUUAACGUAUUACACACACGAGAAAACUCACACAGGUUUGUUUAUGGUGUAAAUCAAGGAUUUUCUAUUGUUCCUCUUCCCUUUUCCUUUGUUUAUAUUCUCACUUUAUUGCAACAGCUCUCAUUGGUUUUGCACACGUUUUCUAACCGAGCAGUCCGCAAUUUGGUUCCCGUCCUGUAUUCAUAGAUGAUGUUGCAUGUGUGUGUCCUCGAUUUACACCAUAAACACGCACCAGCGACACGUGCUGUGUCUCCCCAUUGAAGCUCUCGAAGUGGUCACAAAAGUGCCAUCUAGUGUUUUCACAUCAAGUUCAUAUAUCGGGGCCAUAGAUUGGUCAUAACUUGAAAGUUAUGAAGUAUAAAAGUGAUUUUUAUACAAUGCUUUUAUUAUAGGUACAGUUGACUGCAUGUUCUCUAAUUUUCUAAUUUUCCCACCGUCAGUGAUAUCCGUCCAAAUGUUCAAUUAGUGAGUAGUACAUUUGCAUACCCAGAUUAACCAAACAAAAUACUUUUAAUAUUAUAUUUACAAUGAAUUUGUGUAUAUAUGAAUUGGUGGAGUGUGAUAACAAUGUAUCAAUAUUUUUGUAUUCACUGAAUUGACAAUGUAUAUUAGCAGCACCGAACAUAGUUUGUGUUUUUGGGUAAUAUAUAAAGUAUACAUAUAUCCACGAGCAUUUAAAUUGAAAGAAAACUGUAUUUUGUGAUCAAAUUAAAUGGCAUUAAAUAAAAAAAGCUAUUUGACAGAGAA